AUGCAGUUUUACGAUUCUGAAUUAUCCGAUUAUUUUGAAUUCACUUCAUAUGAACAAGUCAUUGAUCAACCAAAUGGACUAAAAAUGAGUUUUGACGUAUCUAGUACAUCAGAUUCAUCUGUACCUGAUCCGUCUUCAUCAUCAACAAUUAAUGAUAAUCAAGAUAAUAGAAAAAAUACAAAUUUUAUUAAAAGUACUCCAAAAAGAUCUCGAAAAAAACCUUUAAUUGAACCUGAUCAUGAAAACUAUGAACCACCAUCAUUACCAAUGUAUUGCAAUGCGAUCGUUCAAGAAUCUUUUCCAGCUAUUCAACAAGAAUUUUUACGACGAACAUGUGCUCAUUUUAUUCAGCAGUAUCCUGAUUGUAUUUCACGAAAAAUUCACCAUUCAUUCGUUCUAGCUCUCACGCAGAAGUUUCCAUCAUUAAAUUAUUUAAACAAAAAUGUCGACGGGAUUGACAGGAGAGCACCAUAUCAUACAAUAUCUCGUCUAAUUUCUCGAAAGAAACGAAAUAUUAAAUAUACGAAAAAUCAUCCAACACCUAAACGAUCGCGAUUAUGUACACUCGACACAAGUUCAAAUGAGAAAACAAAUGAAAACAUAGCCAUUGAAGAUACAACAGCUGAAGAUACAACAGUUGAAGGCAAAGCGCAUAAUCUGGUGGUCGAAUAUAAUAAAAGUAGUAAUUUGCAUGGAUGA